ACGUAACGACUAACGACCGCAACUGCAGCAGAGCGAAAACAGAGAGAGCAUACAAAUGAAGAGGAAAUUGAAAAGUUCAGAGGGAAAUGAGUGAGUGAAUCAAAUCCCUUAUAAGCUAUUUUUGGUGGGAGAAAUACAGCAAUUUCGAUGAAGAGAAAGGGAACGGGGUUGCUUUAUUGUGGACAAGGAUUGCCAGAAGGAGGAGGAAAAGGAAUGGGAGGUCACGAUGAUGAAGAGAUUGACAAAUACACAAGAGAUGAUAGGAGCUAUUUUAGUCUUACUGGUGAAAUUCUUCCUUCUCUCGGUAAGAACGCUGUCUCCAAUCGCCGCAUCGAGCUCCGUCCGUUCAUCAUCUCUCCCUUCGAUCCCCGUUACAGAAUAUGGGAAACUUUCCUGGUGUUUCUAGUAUUUUACACGGCAUGGGCGUCUCCUUUUGAAUUUGGAUUCCUUGAGAGGCCAACUGGUCCUCUUGCUAUAAUGGAUAAUGUUGUUAAUUCAUUUUUUGCCAUCGACAUUGUUUUGACCUUCUUUGUGGCAUACCUCGAUAAAUUUACUUAUAAUCUGGUUGACAAUCCAAAGAAGAUUGGUUUCAGGUAUGCAAAGACCUGGCUGGCCUUUGAUGUAAUCUCCACCAUUCCUUCUGAACUUGUCAGGUCCAUAUUGCCUGACAGACUUCAGUCAUAUGGAUACUUUAGUAUGCUUCGCCUCUGGCGUCUAAGGAGAGUUAGUAGCUUUUUUGCAAGAUUGGAAAAAGAUAAGAACUAUAGCUACUUUUGGGUUCGAUGCUCGAAACUCAUAUGUGUUACCCUCUUUGUAAUUAACAUUGCUGGCUGCUUUUACUAUCGUCUUGCUUUAACUUACUCUGACCCGUCAAAUACAUGGAUUGGGUCCGUGUGGGCACACUUUCAGCAGCGGGACUUGUGGGUCCGUUAUGUGACAUCACUUUACUGGUCAAUAACCACGCUCACUACCACUGGCUAUGGUGAUCUGCAUGCAGUAAAUGAAAGAGAGAUGGUAUUUGUAAUGUGCUACAUGAUGUUUGAUCUUGGACUGACAGCAUAUUUAAUUGGAAAUAUGACCAACUUGGUUGUCCAUGCAACUAGUCGAACAAGGCAAUUUAGAGAUACUCUUCAAGCUGCAUCAAAUUUUGCACAGAGGAACCAAUUACCUGUUCGCCUGCAAGAUCAGAUGCUUGCUCAUUUGAGUUUGAAGUACAGAACUGAUUCAGAGGGUCUGCAUCAGCAAGAGACUAUUGAUUCCCUUCCAAAGGCUAUUCGCUCAAGCAUUGCAAACUAUCUUUUCUAUAACUUGGUAAAUGAAGUGUACUUGUUUCGAGGGGUAUCAAAUGACCUACUUUUCCAAUUGGUUACAGAGAUGAAGGCAGAGUACUUUCCUCCCAAAGAAGAUGUGAUUUUGCAGAAUGAAGCACCAACAGACAUGUAUAUUUUGAUCACUGGUUCUGUGGAACUUAUUGUGAAAACAGGGGGAUUAGAGAAGAUUAUUGGGGAGGCAAGGGCAGGAGAUGUUGUUGGUGAGAUUGGUUUGCUUUGUUACAAACCACAAAUGUUCACAGCUCGGACCAAACGAUUGAGUCAGUUGUUGCGUAUGAACCGUACUGCAUUUUUAAAUAUUGUACAGGCAAGUGUUGGAGAUGGGACAAUAAUUAUGAACAAUCUUCUUCAGCAUUUGAAAGAGUUGGACGAUCCAAUGAUGCAAGAAAUUCUGAUAGAAACAGAGCGCAUGAUGGCUUUUGGGAGGCUGGACCUGCCUCUUACUUUGUGCUUUGCAGCUAUGAGAAGUGAUGAUCUAUUGUUGCAUCAGUUACUUAAACGGGGUUCAGAUCCAAAUGAAUUGGAUGAGAAUGGGCGAACUGCAUUGCAUAUUGCAGCUUCAAAUGGGAGUGAGCAUUGCGUGGUCCUCCUUUUGGAGUAUGGAGCUGAUCCUAACAAAAAAGAUUCAGAAGGCAAUGUUCCUCUUUGGGAAGCAUUACUGGGGAAGCAUGAAUCUGUUGUUAAACUUCUUGUAGACAAUGGUGCAACCAUGUCUUCUGGAGAUGUGGGUCAAUUCGCAUUGGUAGCCAUUGAGCAAAAUAACUUGGAUUUGCUUAAGGAAAUUGUUAAUUAUGGCGGAAAUGUGACACUGCCCACAAGCAGUGGAACUAUAGCACUCCAUACAGCAAUAUCCGAAGGAAACACUGAAAUAGUUAAGUUCCUUUUGGACCAAGGAGCUGAUGUUGAUAUGCCAGAUGUUCAUGGAUGGACAGCAAGGGGUUUGGCAGAUCAUCAGGGCCAAGAAGAAAUUCAAGCUUUGGUCCAAAAAAGGCAAGAGAAGAACAAAAAACCAGUUCCCACAAUUCUAGUGCAGCAGCAGGGGAAGCUGCAUCUUGGGAAGCCUAUUGCAAGGUAUAGUAGUGAACCUGCAAUGCCUCCAUAUUCAAAACAGGAUGUUCUGCCGCAAACCCCUAGAAUACUGACAGAAAAUCGUCAGAGGAGAAGCGCUAACACUUUCCAAAAUUCACUUUUGGGGAUCAUGUCAGCUGCUAAUACUGGUGAGAGUGAAAUAAUUGCAUCUCCAAGAGGGACUGCUGGUUUUCCAAGUUUGAGCUAUCCAGCAAGAGUGACCAUUAGUUGCCCAGAAAAAGGAGAAAUUGCCGGAAAGCUUAUUCUGUUGCCAAAGUCACUUGAAGAACUACUAGAUAUGGGUGCGAAAAAAUUUGGAUUCAUCCCCACCAAAAUUCUAACCAAAGACGGGGCCGAAAUUGACGAUUUAGAGCUCAUUAGAGAUGGUGAUCAUCUUAUCCUCGUUAGCAAUGCAGGCACCAGAAUGUAA